UACAAAGUGAACUGAUAAAUAAGCAGUAAAUUGCAUUGCAACUAAGGUUUACUAGACGACGCUCUAUUUAAAAAGCGGUAAAUGCUUUGUUUUUAAGAAAUUGUUAAGAAUUAUUUGGAUCGAGGAAGUUAAAUAAUACAUUAAAAGACGUUUAGAAAUUAGCAAUGGGUAAAAAGGACAAGACAUUCCAAGUCGAUGACUUAGUGUUUGCAAAAGUUAAAGGUUAUCCUGCUUGGCCUGCAAAAGUAAUGAAAUUGCUUCCUAGCAAAAAGUUCAAUGUGUACUUUUAUGGCACGGGUGAAACAGCGAAUAUAAAAAUAGAAGAUAUUUUCCACUACACGGAAAGUAAAGAAAAAUUUGCUACAGAUAAAAAUUUGAAACGAGCAAAUUUUCGUGAAGCUAUAGAGCAAAUUGAAGCAGCUUUAAAUGGGGAAGACUCUGCUCCUAUUAAAGUGGAUAAUUUGGAAUCUGGAAGUCCCACAGGAAAUAAAGAAGAUAUAACUAAACAAAAGGAAAAUGUGAAUGAUAAUAAAGAUCAUAUUGAACAACUUAAAAUGGAAACCUCUGUGGUAGUAAAUAAACUUGACGAUAUAGAUAGUUCGAUGAGUGUUAUGUCUCCAAAUACGAUUAAAGAUAAAGAAGGACAUGAAAUUACAAGUAGAAGUGGUCGAAAAAUAAAGCCCAAAAGAUAUAUUGAUGAUGAUAAUGAACAACCACAAUCCAAGCAUCGAAAAAUUGCUACACCAACGCAAGAGCAUGUUUUGGAAAGCAAAAUGGAAAUGGCUCAAAAAUCGGCGUUAACAAAUACUAGGAAUCUGAUUCCUACAGAUCCCAUUAUCCUUGCUGAAAAAAGAAAAUUAGUUGAAGAAGAAAUGGAUUUACAAAAAACAAUCUGUGACAUUAAGUGUUCUCUUGGCUUACAUUUUAACGAUACUGAUUUAGAUAAAUGCAUAGAAUUAUUAACUAAUUUGCAAAAAUCAUUCAAAUUUACACCAAUAAUGCUAAAAAAGGUCCCUGAAAUAGUAGAAGUAAUUAAAAAAAUGCGUCGCUAUGUAGGUAACGAUCAUGAAUGGAAGUUAACUGGCGAAGUUAAAGAAAAUUUUGAAAAAAAAGCCCAAAUAAUAAGGGAUUUGUGCAAAAAUAUAUAUGAUUCUUUCAGGCCAUUAUUUCCAGAUUGCAAGGAAGAUAAACAAUUUUUUGAAUAUUUUAAUGAGCAAGUUGAGAAAUUCAAGGAGCUAACUAAAUCAUAUUCUAAAGAGGAAUUAAUGUUUCUUUUUGACGAUAUAACUGAAAGCGCUACACCCACAGACGAAAAAAUUAAGGUGAUGCCGGAUUUAGAGAUAAAAGAUAAAGUGGAGGAGAGUGAAACGUUGACUUAAAUCAGAAUUUCUAAAUGAAAUGUAUAAAAAAUAAACAAAUUCGAAAAAGAGGAAGAACGUUUAUCUCUAGCAGAUACUUUGUUUUGGUACUUUAUUAAUGAGAUGAAAUCCUUCUUUUAUUAAUUUCUAUGAAUUACACGUACAUAUGUAUAAAAUAAAUAAAUUCUUUAUUUAAAAUAAAAAGGAA